AUGGAUGCCUUCAUGCGGGCCCAGUCACUUGAUGUGGUCGUGAUGCCUGAGGCAGAUAUCCCUGAAUAUUCGUCCGUGGGCUUUUGCAAUGCUUGGCGUGCCUAUGGGUGCUUUGCUGCCCUUAGCACUCCGAUUGAGGGUAUCUGCCGUGUCGCCCUCAUCAGCCGAAUCCCCUUCCGUGUGGCCCGCCUUCCGGUUGCCGAGGCUCAUGGGCGCUGCGUGGCCGCGAUCAUGGAUGUCACCGGGCCGGCCCAGGCCGCCGAAUCCGUCAUGAUCGUGGGCCUCUACCUGAAGGUCUCAGAUGAGGCAAAGGCGGCAGCUCAGGCAGAAGAAAUCCUCCAACAUGCAUUGCAAAGUGGCUUUCGCUUCGUAGCGGUGGGGGACUACAACCUCACCCAGCAGCACCAUGUGCUCUUGGAGUACCUUUCCUCCGGGAUUGUGGUUGCUGGGGAUGCCUGUCGACCGGGCGAAGACCUGCCGGCCACCGGCCCGGUUUACCAUGGCAGGCGCCGCCGGCGCAUUGACUUUGCCUUGCAGCAUCCGCAACUGCUUGCUUGUGCAGUGCAGCAUAGCAAUGGUCCGGGCGACCACCUGACGGUCUCAUAUGAUUUCGACUUCACUGCACCGCGCAUGCGCAAGGGUCCACGCCGCCGCCCACACAAAGCGGACUUGGAUGUUGGCCAGCUCGCUGCACAGCUUGAUUCCUGGGACCAAGCUCCCUUCCGUCAGGCUCUUGAGCAUGGGGCCCUUGACCGUGCCUGGGCGCUGCUAUCUGAUGUUGCUGAGGAGCUACUCUGCACUGAGGAUCCCCGCGCCGUGCCCCGCUCGACCGAGUGGCUCCCUUCUGAACCUGCGGUUGGCAAGCUGCGCAAGGGCCCUGUUGGAUCGCCGAGCCUGUGUGCUCUUCACAAGUUGGUGGCACGGCUCCGUGUUGCCAUGCACAGGCCCUUUGACCAGACCCUAAGGGCCCGCAUCCUUCGUUCUCUUCGGGGUGUAAGAACCUUAGUCCCUGAGCUCCCCUUCUUUCAUGAGGUUGAUCAGACGAUGACCGACGUGAUCGAGAGACUGGUGUGCACUUAUGAAAAACAGGAGGCGGAGGCCGCCAAGAAAGCUUGGCAACGGCAGACUCGAGAGGACCUGGCCACUGCAAGGACCUACAUCAAGCGCCGUGCUGAGGCCGUGGCUCGUCGUGCGCAAGAGGGGCUCGCCGAAGGCCUCCCUGACAAUGGCCGACACCCUGCCUUGGAGGUCGAUGUGCAAGAGCAGGUGUGGCUUGACAAGUGGGCUGCGCAGCCGUCGCCAGACAACGCUGCGGUUGAUCACAUCCUCGACCAAGUGCCGCGCCCGGCUGCCAUGCAGGACUUUUGUUUUGACAUUUCCGGGGCUAAGCUGAAAGCGGCUGCGGCCUCUAUGCGACAUAAAUCCUCGGGACCUGACGGUUGGACCGCUGCGGCUCUGACACAACUGCCACAAUCGUGGUGGCAAUUCGCCGCGGCUCUCUGGGCCCGCUGCUUGGAGCUCGGUCGCGUCCCACUGCUGUGGACGCGGGGAAGAUCAAGUUUGCUGUGGAAGGACAACGGCCGGUCUAGGCCGAUCACCGUGCUCCCCGUCCUCUGGAGGGCUGGCACCAAGGUCAUGAAUGCUCAGCUCCGGCAAUGGGCCAGGUCAUGGCAACUUGCUUGCGACGUUGGUGGCAUUGCGGGUGCCUCGGUCGCCACGGCCCUCUCCCAGGUGCAGCGAGAGCUGGUGCAUGGCAGCCGCGGUGCUGUGCAACAGGACGUGGCGGGGUUCUUCGACUCGUUGGGUCACGACCUGACUGCCAAGGUCUUGCAACACUUGAGGGCUCCGCCUGCGUUGGUUCAGCUUUUUCAAUUUGCUUGCAAGCACGGCCAGAGAUUGUUUUCCCUUGAAGGGGCUCUGGGAGCCACUUGGAGGCAUCCGGGACGGGGCUUGCCCCAGGGGUGCCCCCUUUCGCCGUUAAUCUCGGCGGCUGUGACUCACGCUUGGUGCUGCUAUACUCUGGGCUCCAGCCGGGAGCUUGCUGACAAGAUUACCGGCUACGGUUACAUCGAUGAUCGCUUGUUGCUUCUGCGGCCCCACGGCACCUUUGAUGAUUUGCAGCCGGCCGUGCGGCGGUCGGACCAUUUUGACUCGGUGUUUGGUUUGCAACUCUCGCUGCGAAAGUGUGCUGUGGUGUCGGCACCCGACAGUGCCCCGGCUGCUGCACUUGCUGCUGCGCUUGGGUAUGUCCAUGCCCAUCACCUUGAAACUCUCGGGGUCAAUGCCUCCUUUGAUAGUGAGUGGCGCCUUUUGAGAUACUCGGUAUACAAGGCCACCCUUCGUCUCCGAGCACUUCGAGGCCUCCGACUCACCACUCGACGGGCCCGACUCUUGAUCCUUUCCUUGGUGAUGCCCGCCUUGACCUGGGCUGCUGCUUUUGCGGAGCCUGAUGACAAGGAGGUGCAGGCACUCUACCAUGAGAUUCAGUAUUGCAUGGAGGCCACUGCUGGCCAUGGUGCUGCCAAGGUCCUUUUCUUCGAGAAUGUGGGCUGGCAACUCGAGCACCGAUACAGCCUGGACCUCGCUGCUCUUCGGCUGUUCUGGCGGCGUACCACGACCCCUGAGGCUUGGACCGAGGAGUUACCUUUGACAGAUGCUCAGCAGGGCGCGUUGCUUUUGCUUCCGCGGGUGCCAGGGAUCUUGCAACGCCUUGGCUGGUGGCUUGGUCCCGACAACAAAACGGUGUGCUGUCGUGACGACUUCGGCAUGGUGCGGCAAAUCUGCAUCGGCCGGGAGGCCUUCAGCGGGCUGUGUUACUGGCUCCGGCUCCACUAUCGCCGGCUCUAUGUUGCUAAGGCUGCUCGCAUUUGGGGGCCAGAAUCUCGUGGAGAGGACUGCGCCACUGGUCUUGAUCUUCCUCCCCCGAGCCCUGCGUUGGACUACGAGUUUCAGGGUCACAGGCUGGUUUUCGGAGGUGCCGGGCAGAACCGAAACCUUGCUCUCGCUGCGCUUGCCGCCGGGGCGAGCAACUGGCACUUCAAUGCGGGGGGCAACUUUGGAGAGGACCACCCGCGGCAGCUUUGUGCUUGUGGCAAGGUUCGACCCUCUCGACCCCACCUUUGCUGGAACUGUGAGCACUUCGCUCCUCUGCGAGGUGAUGUGGCAAUGCCAGGAGACAGGGCGGCUGAAAGGCUGUUUGCGCUGCCGAUUGGCCGUCUUCCAGCACCCCCGCUGAUGCUGGACCAAGCUUCCUUUGAAGAGGAUCUCUGUGAGGCACUCGCUCCUCACUACAAGGAGUCGACGCUCUACUUGGCUACCGACGGCUCCAGCAAGACUGCUGUUGGAGCCAUGGGCUUUGCGAUUCAUCGACCGGAGUGCACCCUGGCGUUCGGCGAUGACCUCGAGGACCAGGAGCCAUACCGCUUGGAAGUCACGGCCAUCUUCUACAUGCUUCGGGCUUUGCGUGCGGCGGCAGCGAUCAAGGCGAUCGAGACGGGCGCUGGCUUCAACCUGGCGAUUGUCAUUGCCGAGAUUCGUGCACUCCGCCUUCAGCUCCGUGACCGUCGGGUUCGAACUGAGUUCCUGUGGACUCCGUCACACGGGAAGCGGCCAUCCUGGCAGCCGACAGCUGGUCACAGCGCCCUUCGCCUUCGGGCGCUCAACACUGCAGCUGAUGAGGCCGCCGGGGCUUGCAUGACGAGGAGGCUACGGGGUUCUCGUCGGCAAGCUUGGGCUGCUCAGCUCGAGCACAACACGCUGUGGGAGGUCCGAGCGAUCGAGGCGGCCGCCAAGAUCGCCUCUGCUUACCACGACUUCUUGAAGACAAAAGGUGCCAAGCAACACUGGAAGGCUCUUCUUCUGCGAGUCUUGUCGUUGAGAGACUUGAACUCGCAGUCGUGCGGACCUUCUCGGGCGCACGACCAGAAUUUCAGAGACGUUGGUGGCAUUGCGGGUGCCUCGGUCGCCACGGCCCUCUCCCAGGUGCAGCGAGAGCUGGUGCAUGGCAGCCGCGGUGCUGUGCAACAGGACGUGGCGGGGUUCUUCGACUCGUUGGGUCACGACCUGACUGCCAAGGUCUUGCAACACUUGAGGGCUCCGCCUGCGUUGGUUCAGCUUUUUCAAUUUGCUUGCAAGCACGGCCAGAGAUUGUUUUCCCUUGAAGGGGCUCUGGGAGCCACUUGGAGGCAUCCGGGACGGGGCUUGCCCCAGGGGUGCCCCCUUUCGCCGUUAAUCUCGGCGGCUGUGACUCACGCUUGGUGCUGCUAUACUCUGGGCUCCAGCCGGGAGCUUGCUGACAAGAUUACCGGCUACGGUUACAUCGAUGAUCGCUUGUUGCUUCUGCGGCCCCACGGCACCUUUGAUGAUUUGCAGCAGGCCGUGCGGCGGUCGGACCAUUUUGACUCGGUGUUUGGUUUGCAACUCUCGCUGCGAAAGUGUGCUGUGGUGUCGGCACCCGACAGUGCCCCGGCUGCUGCACUUGCUGCUGCGCUUGGGUAUGUCCAUGCCCAUCACCUUGAAACUCUCGGGGUCAAUGCCUCCUUUGAUAGUGAGUGGCGCCUUUUGAGAUACUCGGUAUACAAGGCCACCCUUCGUCUCCGAGCACUUCGAGGCCUCCGACUCACCACUCGACGGGCCCGACUCUUGAUCCUUUCCUUGGUGAUGCCCGCCUUGACCUGGGCUGCUGCUUUUGCGGAGCCUGAUGACAAGGAGGUGCAGGCACUCUACCAUGAGAUUCAGUAUUGCAUGGAGGCCACUGCUGGCCAUGGUGCUGCCAAGGUCCUUUUCUUCGAGAAUGUGGGCUGGCAACUCGAGCCCCGAUACAGCCUGGACCUCGGAUCUUGCAACGCCUUGGCUGACAACAAAACGGUGUGCUGUCGUGACGACUUCGGCAUGGUGCGGCAAAUCUGCAUCGGCCGGGAGGCCUUCAGCGGGCUGUGUUACUGGCUCCGGCUCCACUAUCGCCGGCUCUAUGUUGCUAAGGCUGCUCGCAUUUGGGGGCCAGAAUCUCGUGGAGAGGACUGCGCCACUGGUCUUGAUCUUCCUCCCCCGAGCCCUGCGUUGGACUACGAGUUUCAGGGUCACAGGCUGGUUUUCGGAGGUGCCGGGCAGAACCGAAACCUUGCUCUCGCUGCGCUUGCCGCCGGGGCGAGCAACUGGCACUUCAAUGCGGGGGGCAACUUUGGAGAGGACCACCCGCGGCAGCUUUGUGCUUGUGGCAAGGUUCGACCCUCUCGACCCCACCUUUGCUGGAACUGUGAGCACUUCGCUCCUCUGCGAGGUGAUGUGGCAAUGCCAGGAGACAGGGCGGCUGAAAGGCUGUUUGCGCUGCCGAUUGGCCGUCUUCCAGCACCCCCGCUGAUGCUGGACCAAGCUUCCUUUGAAGAGGAUCUCUGUGAGGCACUCGCUCCUCACUACAAGGAGUCGACGCUCUACUUGGCUACCGACGGCUCCAGCAAGACUGCUGUUGGAGCCAUGGGCUUUGCGAUUCAUCGACCGGAGUGCACCCUGGCGUUCGGCGAUGACCUCGAGGACCAGGAGCCAUACCGCUUGGAAGUCACGGCCAUCUUCUACAUGCUUCGGGCUUUGCGUGCGGCGGUGGCUGGGACCACUUCGGCGAGGCCCUGGACAUGCUCCCGGGUCUACUUUGUUGUGGAUUGCGAGGCAGCGAUCAAGGCGAUCGAGACGGGCGCUGGCUUCAACCUGGCGAUUGUCAUUGCCGAGAUUCGUGCACUCCGCCUUCAGCUCCGUGACCGUCGGGUUCGAACUGAGUUCCUGUGGACUCCGUCACACGGGAAGCGGCCAUCCUGGCAGCCGCCAGCUGGUCACAGCGCCCUUCGCCUUCGGGCGCUCAACACUGCAGCUGAUGAGGCCGCCGGGGCUUGCAUGACGAGGAGGCUACGGGGUUCUCGUCGGCAAGCUUGGGCUGCUCAGCUCGAGCACAACACGCUGUGGGAGGUCCGAGCGAUCGAGGCGGCCGCCAAGAUCGCCUCUGCUUACCACGACUUCUUGAAGACAAAAGGCACCAGGCCUAGGGAAAGGUGA